UCUCACGCCAGCGCGCACUCGCCACUACUCACCACGACUCACCACUACUCACCACGAUUCACCACGACUCUCCACGACUCUCCACUCACCACUACUAACCACCCUCUACUACUCACCACUCUUCACGCUCAGCGCUCCUCACCACUCUUCACGCUCACCCACCGUUCACACUCAAAACUCACCGCUUACACUCCUCAACGGCGGCUCUGGCAGAUGUAGAGGGGUGGUCGUGGGCUCGCUCGCUCGAGAGGCAGAGCGAGCGAUAAGAGAGAGUGCAGUAGGAGAGAUAGAGCGCGCGCAGAGAGAGAGAGGGGAGUACAAGAGGCACCUCGAGUAAGAACCGGUGUGGACGGAGGAGAGGCGACACGGGGCGAGACGCCGAUCUCGGGGCCGGGACGCGCCACUCGGGGCCGCGCCGCGCCGCCGCCGCCGCCGCGAUGGAGCGCGGCGUGGCCGAGGUGCUGAUGAUGAGCGAGCGGAAGAGCGCCGCGUUCGGACCGCGGGCCCUGCAGCAGCUCCAGACGGGGCCCGCGGGGCCGCGAGAAGCCGCCGGGGGUGGCGGCGUCGUGGGCCACUUCCGAGGCCUCGGAGAAGCGACUGCAGCCGUGGCAGCGGCCGCGGUGUGGAACUCUUCGGGUCGACUUCACGGCUACCACCGCGACUCAGGCUCGGCGCUGCACCACCACGGCCACCACCACCACCACCACCCUCACCACCACAACCUCCUCCUCCAGGGCGGCGGCGGCGUCGGCGGUGGAGGAGGAGGAGGGGGAGGGCCCUCGGCGCACGAAAGCAGCGGGGAGGGCACCGCGGACGAUGACAGCGACCGCUCGGAGAGCGCCGAGGCUGGGAGCGGCGGGGGAGACCCGGGGCUCGGAGCUCCGGGCUCGAGCCUCGUGGGGGUGACGGUGGCCGGCGCGGCCCCGGGGGCUCUGGCGGCAGCCGCGGCCGCCGCGUGCAAAGUCCGCGGCGCCCUGAGCCGCAAGAACAAGGAGCAGAGGGCGCUGCGCUUGAGCAUCAACGCGCGCGAAAGGAGGCGCAUGCACGACCUGAACGACGCGCUGGACGACCUGCGGGCCGUGAUCCCGUACGCGCACAGCCCCUCGGUGCGCAAACUCUCCAAGAUCGCCACGCUGCUGCUGGCCAAGAACUACAUCCUCAUGCAGGCGCAGGCGCUCGAGGAGAUGCGUCGCCUCGUCCUCUACCUCAACCAGGGCCAGCCCGUGCCGGCCUCGGCAGUGGCGCUGCAGCCGGCGACUCUCGCCACGGGCCUGGGACCCGCGCUCGUUCCGCCGUCGCUCGGCGCGUACGACCAGGCGGCCUUCGGCUUCCAGGCGUCGGCCGCGGCGGCGGUGGCAGCCGCGGCCGCUGUGGCAGCGACCACGGGGGGAGGGGGAGGAGGACGCGAUAAGUGCGGCUGCUCGGGGUUUCACGGCAGCGGCUGCAAACACUGCGACGACAGUUCGUGAGGUGUCGCGGGGAGGAGGAGGAGGUGGUGGUGGCCACCGCCGCCACCGCCACGUGGUGUAUUGAUUGAUUGGUGGAACUUGGAAUGAGCGUGGGACUCGGCACUGAACUGUGGAGUUGUAGAGACAAAGAGGCUGGCGGUGGUGGUGGCGGUGAGACCGCAGAGAGAGAGGGGGAGGGAGCUGUGGUGAGCCUUCGACACUUUACCCUGAUGGCCUCGACGUGCACGUAGCCUGGCACAACGCGCUGUGGUGACGUCUCCGCCACUUUGUGGCGAAUGACGGCGGCUGUUUGUUGUCAUUGUUGUUGUUGUUGCUGAGUGUGUGUGCCUGGUGAGAUGUGUUGUGGUGAGGAUGGUGGUGAGGAUGGUGGGUUAUUACACUGGGGGGUGAGGAUACGGCGAUGAUGAGCCGUGGUGCGUGGUGGUGUCAGUGGUGAACCCCUGUCGCUGGAGUCGAGGAUGAUGGGGUGAGGGGUUGUGAGUAGAGACGGUGGGGUUGGUGAUGAUUGUGUCUGUGUGCCGGGGAAGGACAACAAACUAAACACACAAAGAAGCAUUUCUGAAAAAAUUGAUUGAUGAUGAUGAUGGAAUGAUGCCGAGUUGAGUGUCGAGUGACGGGGUGUGGUGAGUUAGCGAUGCUGGUGAGCUGUGAGCUGUGUCUGCGGUGAGCCAUGCUGGUGAGCUGUCAGCUGUGUCUGCGGUGAGCGAUGGUGGUGAGCUGUCAGCUGUGUCUGUGGUAAGCCAUGCUGGUGAGCUGUGUCUGCGGUGAGCCAUGAUGCUGGCCACGCCACGAUGACGCCAAGACAACUCGGCGCCGCGAACUCCGCCUCCUCCGAUGUUUGCACGGCAGUGGAUGCGACGUGGGCUCGGGUCCGGGACCGCGAUGAUGAUGAUGUGAUGAUAUUAUUAACAUCAUGUUACCACAAUAACGAUGGUGGUGACGAUGGUGGUGGUGCUGCUGAUGUCUAAACUGCGAUCUGUUUCGGCACGAGAUCGAGCGGACUGCUCAUGGCCUCUUGCUGCUGUGUUCCAAUUUUCCACGCGUCACGCGAAUAACACGCACACGUACAGACACACGUGCAGACACACAGGUACAGACACACACGUGCAGACACACACGUGCAGACACACACGUGCAGACACACACGUGCAGACACACGUACAGACACACGUGCAGACACAUACAGACACACACGUACAGACACAGGUACAGACACACGUACAGACACACACGUACAGGUACAGACACGUACAGACACACACAGGUACAGACACACACGUACAAACACACACGUACAGACACACAUACAGACACACACGGGUACAGACACACACGUACAGACACACAGGUACAGACACACAGGUACAGACACACAUACAGACACACACGUACAGACACGCGUAUAGACACACACAGGUACAGACACACAGGUACAGACACACACGUGCUGACACACACGUGCUGACACACGUACAGACACACACGUGCUCUACAAAGACAAAGAUUCCCCCGUAUAGCCUUAUCAGACUGUUGGGGCAAGUAAUGUUAGUGAGCAGCACCUAUGAAGGCCGGCACGGCACACGAGGGGGUGGGUGGCCAACACCACGCCCGGCCGCCUUUGUCUCCGCAGUGGCGAUGUUUUACACACCGCACCAGGUACUCAUUCGAGGCUGAGUCGACCUAGGGGAGGCCCAGGACCGGUUCAUAUAAUCGUCACUGGUGUUGACCGUGAGCAGGAAUCGAACUCGGGUCACCGGGUUAGUAGCGCAGACAACACACACAACACACACGGACACCACACAAUACACUCACAGGAUACACACAGACAACACGCACACACGCACCACGUAUUAAUGUAUUACGCUUG